AUGGGUGCUCGUCACAGUGUACCGCUAAGGCCGAACGGCCAGCCAAGCGCGCAGGCGCUGGCGCAGGCCAACGACAACGUGAACUCGUGGGGCACGCCGCCGGAUGAGGCCCCGGAGGAUGAGAAGGACCCGACAGAGCUGGUGCUGCAGAGCUGGGCCUUCUGCAAGGCGAAGCCGACGCCGCAGAAGAUGUACCGCAGCGACACGGACGAGCGCAAGCGGAGGCAGUCGGUGAGCUGGCGCAAGCGCGCGAGCUUCAUCGAGCUCGACUGCGGCGAAGACAGCUUCUUCGUAGCGAACAACUACAAGGUCAUCGGCGUUGCCGACGGUGUCGGCGGCUGGCGCGCUGAGGGCGUCGACCCCUCCUUGUUUGCCAACGCGUUGAUGGAAAACGCGAAGCUGUUUGCGGAGACGCACCGUGGCGAGCGCGACCCGGAAAAGAUCCUUGAUGCCGCCUACACCAAAGUAGUGAAGGACGGCAUUGUCAAGGUGGGCAGCAGCACGGCCUGUGUGGCAACUCUGCGCAAAGACGAUGACGGCAGCCACAAGCUCGACGUGGCGAACCUCGGCGACAGCGGCGUGAUGGUGGUGCGCAACCGCAGCAUGUACUUCCGCGCACACGAGAAGGUGCACGGCUUCAACGCGCCGUUCCAGCUGGCAGUGCUGCCGCAGCCGAUGGUAGGGCGCGCGUUCUCUGACCGCGUGCAGGACUGUGUUCGCGAGUCGGUGCCGGUGCAAGAGGGCGACGUUAUUGUGAUGGGCACCGACGGCCUCUUCGACAAUCGCUUCAACUCCCAGCUCGCCGCGGACGCCGGGUGGAUUGGCAAGGUGGAGGAGAGCCCCAUCGCCAAAAUCCCGCUUGUGGGCUUCUUCCUCAGUGGCAUCUUGGACGAGAAGAUCGACUACGUGGACCCCUACCGUGUCGCACAGCGCAUCAUCACCGACGCCUACAAGACCUCCGUGAACCCGGAUACCAACUCGCCAUGGGCCUCGAUGCUGCGUCAGUUUGGGCAAACUGACGCCAAGGGCGGCAAGCCGGAUGACAUCACUGUUCUCCUGAGCCGUGUGAGUACACGCGAAGAGCUGAGCAACAGCACGAGCUGGUAA